UUCUCCUCUCCUCCCGAGUCGCUUGGUUCUUUUAGCACUGCUGGGCUUCCCGCUUCGCCAACAGAAACACAAUGAGCCAACCAGUCUUCAGUUGUCCCAGCAACAGAAGAUCAUUUACUUCAGUCUCUGCCACUGAUGGCAGUAGAGGAUUCAGACCCAGCCAGCCCCCAGUGUGUCAACCGAUGGGGUUCACAUAUGGGAUCAGAGGGAACAACACCAGCCAAAGUUUCCAUAACUUUGGUGGAAGGCAAAGAAUGUCCUGCUGUGGCGGUUUCCAAGGUUCUGAAUGCAGCUGCAGAUUCAACGGCAUCCGUGAGGUUUGUGUUAACAAGAAUCUCUUGCAACCUCUUUUUGUGGGGGUCGAUCCAAAUGAUCAUCGUAUCAAAGCACAUGAGAAGGAGCAGAUAAAGGCCCUCAACGAUCAGUUUGCCUGCUUUAUUGACAAGGUCCAGUGCUUGGAACAGCAGAACCAGAUCUUGCGCACUAAAUGGCAGCUGCUGCAAAACCAGAAUAUUCCAGCAGUGAAGAAAGAUCUGAAACCUCUCUGUGAAGGUUACACCACCAACCUGAGGAGGAAACUGGACCUCGUAUUGUGUGAGAAGAACAAACUUGAGAUCCAACACAAAGCCAUGCAGAAUCUUGUUGAGGAGCACAGAUCCAAGUAUCAAGAAGAACUGAACCGACGAACAAAUGCAGAGAAUGAUUUUGUCGUGCUGAAGAAGGAAGUUGAUGCUGCCUUUAAAUAUCAGAAGGAACUAGAAAUGAAGCGGGACUUGAUGAAAGAAAAUAUUGAUUUCUUGAGAGUUUUCUAUACAGAGGAACUUUCGGCACUGAAUCGUCAACUUUAUGACACAUCCGUUGUUCUCAAUAUGAACAAUAGCCGUCGCCUGAACAUGGACAACCUCAUCCAGAGCAUUGAAUGCUGGUAUCAGACCAUCGCACAGAAGAGCAAAGAAGAAGCCAAUCUCUUUUACCAGAGCCAGAUUCAGACCCUUCAGAACCAAAGUUGCCAAUUCCAUGAGAGCCUGCAAAGAAACAACACUGAAAUUGCAGAGCUGAACCGGAUGAUCCAAAUAUUGCAGUGCCAGGUGGAUAAUGAGAAGAAAAAGGUUGUUUCUCUACAGACUGCCAUUAGCACCACUGAACAACAUGGCGCCUGUGCUCUUAAAGAGGCCCAGGCUAAUUUCGCGGAGCUUCAGAAUACCCUGCAGAAUUCCAAAGAUAAACUGGCUGCCCUCUUGCGGGAUUACCAUGAACUCAUGAAUACCAAAUUGGCCCUUGAUAUUGAGAUUGCCACCUACAAGACAAUGCUGGAGGGUGAAGAGAAGAGAAUAUGUACAUGCCAUCCUAUGAAUAUGGCUGUGCUCAGCAAUGGUUGUAGAAUCUGCUGUAUGAAACAAUAAUCUAAAAUGGAAGUGGACAUUGAAAGCCGGUCUGGAAUCUGGAUUUUGCUUGUAGAACCUGAUAGAAGCCAUUCAAGAAGAGGAGCAGCAUGUGGCCAGCCUUUGUUGCUGGAGUAUUUUGUCUGGCAUGGUUAGCUGUGCAGACCAGGACUGAAAUUCAUUAGGUAUUUACUCUUAAUCAGUCACAAGACAAUAGAGUGCCAAAGAGUUCAUGGAAAGGAAUUUUCACCUCUGCAGAGUCAGUGGAUGUGUCCGCGCAUGCGUGUUCCUGGUCUCUGUACAUGAUGUGACAAAACACUGCAGACAGAGCUGUUUGUUCCACCUCAAAGCACAGUGGGUUUUGAUGGGGUCAAUCCACACAUUUGAUGGAGAAUAAAAUCUCAAGCGAUGCAUAAUGUCUGUGUUGAAUGAACCCUCAGAACCAUAUCAGGAAUCACAAACUGCAAAGUUGAAAGCCAUCCCAGUUCUAACCAUAUAGUCUGGAAACCAUACAUCUAAUGUGGCUGCUGAGAACCCUCUCUGUCAGCUUCAGUGUUCUUAUUUAACACAAUCCAGUCCUUCAGACAAGUAAUGUAAUAUCAGCCAACAAUCAAGCUGGAUACUGAAUUAAUGAAUAUCAAAGACUGCCAUUAUCAAUUUUCUCCCCCCCCCACACACACAAUGAAUUUGUGGCUGAUGACUGAAAGAAAUUAGUGAUACUAUUUAGCCAUGCUAACUUCAAAUCUGUGUAAUUUUUUUUGUUAAUAUUUAAACAACUUUUAAUACUUAUUUCUGUCCUGGUCUGGAGAUGUGCACGUGGGAGAGUUGCAUGUCACAUGGGUAUUUUUUGUGUGUGGAGGAAGAGGGUCAAUUAUCACAUCCACCAGCACAUGACAGGGUCAUUUUUUUCUGAUAUGCAGGGCCAUGUUGCCAUGGUAAGGUUCUCCAUGAGCAAGCUAACAACUUGCAUCGAUGUCAGCCAGUUCCAUUACAAAUACGAGACUUAGGGUCAGAGCACCUGUUUUGCAUGCAGAAGGUCCAAAGUUCAGUCACCCAGCACCUCCAUUUAAAAGGA